UGAAAAGAGCAUUUCAAAAUAGUAGUCUACAUACCGUGAGUCAGAGCGCAACAUACAGGUUAGCAAGCAUGGCAUUUGAAUUCUCCAAAACUGGUGACACUGUGUAUAGCACUACUUUCCCGGGAGUCACAAAACGCGAUUCCAUAUAUGUUACCCCGAAAGACUACGGAAAAAUUCCUAUCACGAUAUCCCACUGGAAACCAGAACCGUGCUUCUGGGAUGCAGGGUAUGUUUCAAUAUUUACCAACAGUAAAUAUUAUUUUUAAUUCGUGAAAAAUGUUUCGUUACUCGUCAGAUUUCAACCAGUUGCUCAAUCGAUCAAAGACCUCGAAGUGAGGCCGGAUGAUGUUUGGCUGAUAGCGUAUCCUAAAAGUGGUAUCACCUGGUGCCAGGAGAUGAUCUGGCUCGUGUGCAACAAUUUGGACUACGAAAAAGCUGCUUCUUUGAAAAUAGACCACCGUUGGUGUUAUUUGGAGUAAGUAUUCGCUGAGUGAUUAUGAACAGCAGACAAAAAAUAAUUGUGAUCUCAUUAGUUUAUGUACUAAAAUGAAACAUGAGGAACCUUUACCAAUGGUUUCCGCACCGUCUCCACGUUUCAUCAAAAGUCAUCUGCCGGUGGCUCUGCUUCCAGAUCGAAUUUGGAGUGUUAAACCGAAGAUAGUCUACGUUAGGAGAAAUCCGAAAUCGGUUGCUGUAUCGUACUACCAUCAUUAUGUUUCGAUCUAUGGUUGUACUGCGACGAAAGAACAGUUCAUGAGGGCGUUCCUCAGCGAUCAGAUACUGUCAUCACCAUAUCAUCAACACGUCAUUGAAUAUCACCAUUUGGACUACCCGGAUAAUUUGUUGUAUCUUUGUUAUGAGGACAUGAAAAAGGAUCUCAAGGGUACACUGCGUCGGGUGUGUUCGUUUUUCGGAAAAUCAUAUUCGGAUGAUCAGUUCGACACAUUGACCCAGCACCUUUCGUUUGAUUCGUUGAAAAACAAUAAGGCCGUAAACUUUUCUGACGUUACGCAGCAAGCAUUGCAGCAUUCUAACCGUGCGGAUAAAUUGGCAGAUCCAAACUUCAAAUUUAUGAGACGUGGUGAAGUGGAAGGCUGGAAGAGAGAGUUGGAUCCCGAGACUAUAAAGGAGUUUGAAAAUUGGACGAACAGCAAAGUGCUAGAUCCGGAAGACAGGAAGUUGUUUGAUUGACGGAUGUAACGGAUGAUUCCUUUAAAACCUUUGUAUCCUAGCAAUGCUUUCAUAUAGAUAAUGUACCAAUUGUGUCACUGGAAA